AUGACAUUCUUAUAUUGCUCUAUUGCCUCUGUUGUUCAUGAGAUUGGACCACACCUGGUUCUCUACUCUCUGGUUUCUUUCUUUUACUUCUCUCUCUCCCUUUUCUUUCCAUUCCUUUCACUUCUGUCUUUCUCUCCAAACUCAAUUGCCAUGGAUGUUCUACCUCCUGGUUCCCGCCUUGCGGUGGUUCGGUCCCAACUCGCUCUGAGCUCGAGCCCCGAGAGCUCAAGCCCACCAAAGUGCACUCCUCCAUUUUCUGACAAGGAGCCAUUCCCAGAUUACGACGAAGCUGAGUGCGAUGAAUUCUCCGUGACCGCAGCCGAGAAUGCAGAAGCUUGGGCCUAUGCUCUCGGCAAAGCUGUCAGGAGUGAAAUUCGGCAACACCAAAUUAAUCCCAACAUCAUUCCUCAUGUUCAAACUGACCCAUCAGAGCGCAGUCAAGCUGUGCUUGAAAGGAUGAAAGAGCUUCUUUCUGACCCACACAUGCGCCAGCAGACACGCCGUCAAUUUAUCACCCUUUCCAACAUCACGCUGCAGGUCAAUCAAGUCAUCUUCCAUCAGAGCCCCGAGUUCUUAGCCCCGGUGGAGACAUCCGACGCAAAGCUGCUUACGGAGACUAUCUUGGUCCACAUCGCAUGGGUGGAUAAUAUGCUGAGCGAGCAAUGCCACAGUGUCAACUACACAGCCUCUGUGUUGAGCCAAAUUGAGCAAAGCGACGUCUCUGCGUAUGAGAAGCUCCGCGAGAUGGCUAAUGUUGUUGCUGGACACUUGAAGAAGCCACGCCCUCUCGAACGCGAUCUCCUCGAAUUAUAUCUCGAACUCUAUGAGGAAUGGGUUCAUACACCUUUCCUUCAUCUCCGAAACCGCCAAACCCUCACCGAGGAGACGUUGCGUCUUGAUCGUGCCGAACUCUCCCGCCACGUCAUUGCCAUCUGGGACAUUGUGUCGCGAUGUGUUGAGAGCUACGAUACAUACAUCUGGGGCACGACGACCAUCCGCAAUGAGUUCUUUGCGAAACCAGUAGUGAACCUAAACGGGGUCUCGGAUAUCUGGGAACAGUGCUGGAAUACUGAAUUGACGAUGGAGCCAGACAGCACUCAGUCUAACCUUGAAGUGAACUCUUCAACUUUUUACGAAUAA